AUGUCGUUGUUCGUCUCCAGGGGCAAACUCAGCGCCGGAACGUACUGCGAUCGGCUAUUAGAGGGAUGUUCAAGAAGGUCUUGUCGGAUCCAGAGUCCCAAUUAUCCGGGGAUUUACCCUCGGAAUGUGAGCUGCCAAUACAGGGUGCGCGAAAGAAACGUUCCGCCGGGAAAACACGCACUGAUCGCCGUCAGACAGGCCAAUUUCCAUUAUAAGGAGCACGUCGCCAAAUUUGACGGUGGUGACAGAGGGAUAAGAACUUGGGAUCAGUGCAAUAUGAUGCAAGACUAUCUAGAAAUUUUAGAUGGAUGGGGACAAACUGCCACAACUUUAGCUCAUCUAUGCAGUGGAGAAACCAUUCCAGAAAUUGUCAGCAGUGGUCCUGAACUACUAGUGAAGUUUCACACAUCCCCAUUCGGUAACCCCUUUCAUCCUCUACCAAUAUCAUAUUUACCAGGAUUUGAGUUAGAAGUGGAGAUACUUUAUGUGAACAAAGAAUCUCCAACUUAUAUCGAACAUGGCAAGAAGUGCGAAUUUGUUGUUACGUCGUUUGACAACCCAUCGGGGUAUUUAAAGAACCCUUUACAUUCAUUACCUCCCAACACUACCUGUCAUUACCACUUCAGAGGACAAUCCAGAGAUAUUAUAUGGAUUUCGUUCAUCAAAUAUCAUGUAAUUAACGAACGGCUCACUGACUUUAAUACAGGGGAUUGUAAUGUUGAGCUGCAAAUUUGGGACGGUGAUAUAAAAAGUCAAAAUACUGUCCCACUUAUGGGCCAAUUUUGCAAAGAUGAUAAACCAAGGUUGUGUGAUCACACGUUGCUCAAAAACUCGUCAAGAAUUACAAGGCCAUGUGGUCUCACAGAAAGCUACGUUAGCACAAACUCAGACUUGACAAUAUCGCAUUCUAUUAAGUAUGGAAGUGUUUUAUACCCAGUAAAUUUUGUUUUACGAUACGAAUUUGUUGAUUUGUCCCAAGAAGGUAUACAAAUGACUAAGAAUCCCUGUGAUAGACUUUUUAGAACGCCAAACGGUCGGUUUUACUCUCCGAAAAUUACUUUUCUAUUCGGAAGGGGAGGUAAAGAAGAUCUAACGUGUACAUAUCAGUUCGAAUCAAACGAUCAACAAAGGCUCAAAAUAACUUUUAACAAAGCUCAAUUUGGCUCGAAAACGUGUCACUCAUUUUAUGACCAAGACGCUAACAGAUGGGAGUGUAAGUCUCAAAAAUCGAAUAAUGGCGUGGCCUUUAUUCAAAUAUCCGAAUUUCCGUGGAAGGAUAUCGAAUUGUACAGAGAUUGUAUUUGUCACAAUAUUUCUGAACCGUUCACUGUAAUUACCAAAACAUCUAGUAAAGUCGUUAUAAAAUUUGUUAUUAAGAAAAUGAGAAUUACAGAGGAUUACAAUAAUUAUUUCUUUGAUGCAAAUUUUGAGUUUAUUCCAAAUGACAACAAUUGUCUCAAUCCGUGGAAUAAUAGGCGACUGAGAGGUUCCAGCGGAGAAAUAACAAUUCGUAAUAGUGAACACAAUUUAGAUAAACCAGAAAGUAUUAGUUUUAAAAACCAAAGUAUAAGAUAUUGUCUUCAACAGCCGUGGCUGAUAGAGCCGGAAGACGAAGGAAAUUUUAUCUAUUUAAAAAUAAAAGGCUCAAAAAAGAGAGACUUAAGGCUGUGCCCUAGCAAAAACAGAAUACUGAUAUAUCCUGCCGGUAGAACUGACAUCGUCCAUGUAAUAUGUCCUUAUUUUGAUGGAAGCGAAGAUGUCGUAGAAAUGUUUUCAGAAGGUUGGAUUUUGUAUAGUUAUAAAAAGACGCAAAAUAAAAACUCCAGAAGCUUCAUUAUAGAAUUUUCUAGAAAAGAAAGUGGAAAUUUUGCAGUAACGUGGAUGGAGGUUUCGAAAAACCCUGCCCUCACGUUGCCUACGUCCAUGUUGAUGAUAGCACCACCGGAAUGUCCACAUAGUUGUCCCGAGCUCGGUGCCUGCAUUAGCUCAGAUCUUUGGUGCGACGGCCUACGACACUGUCCAUCCGGUAAUGACGAGCAGGAAUCCAACUGUUCGAUAAGAGGAGGAUUUCCCACGGCCUACCUAAACUCAGCUGCUCUAUCUGCUUUGGCCAUCACCGCACUGCUGCUAGUGGUGAUUGCUGCCUUCUAUGCUUUCAGGCACUGGAGACAAGAGCAGAAGAACGUGAUGGUGUCAGUGACGGAACAUACUUUUUUAGAGUUUAAGAGCGGCUUCUGUUGA